UUCUCUUCUGGCAAGCAAAUGAUGACAGUCAGGAAGAAGAUGAAUGUGGUAUAGCACAUGGAAAAGUUUUUUCUGAGUUUGAUGAUGAACAUCUUCAGAAAUCUUCUAAUGUGAUUGAGCAAAUCUUUCUCAAGGCUGAUGAAUCAUUUGACAUAAUCGACACCUUAGAAUUUGUUGAUUCUCUGCAGAAAAGCAGACGUUACAAUCGUUAUGUUAUCCAGUAUGCCUUUGAAAUAUUUCUCACUCAUCAUUCCCUUGCUCGUAGUAAUAAAUUGAAGGUUCCAGAAUUUACUGAUGCACCAUCUGGUAUGGACAUGUCCACUCAUGCAAUGGUACCUCCUGUUGGUGAGCCAGAAGAGAUAUGGAUGGAUUAUUGGAGGCAUGAUGCUGAUUUUGUUGAUCAUCAUCGUCAUUGGCACAGAGUAUACAGAGCACGAGGUAUUCCUGGUACAGAAGCAGAUCAUCUGGAUCGCCAGGGAGAAUUGUUUGUAUAUAUGCAUAGACAAAUGUUGGCGAGGUAUAAUGCGGAGAGAGAGGCAUGGGGACUUGAACCUGUGGAACCUUGGGAAUUUACAGACGUAGAUCCUUUGGGUAGUGAUGCUGGAGACGAGUUUCAUAAUAGUGACCGGAACUCUGGUAUUCGUCCUCGGCCAGCUGGACUAAAGUGGUCCAUGCCUGAUAUUCGACAGUUCCAAGUGUGGACUAACAACAUCAGACGUGCAUUCCGAGAAAAUAUUAUUCAACCAAAUCAAGGAGCACAGAGUGCUCUACAACAAAUUAGACUAGGUGAAAACAAUGACCUUGAAAAUCCAAGUUCUAGCUCAGCGAAUUGGGUUGGGCAUAUUGUCGAAGCCACAUCAGGAACAUUCUAUGAUAAUUAUGGCAGCCUUCACAACAGUGGACAUGGUGUUUUUGGUCAACUUGGCCAACAGUCUGGUUUCAGCACAUAUAUGGCCACAACUGCUCAUGCUGUGCGAGAUCAUAUUUUCUUUCGCUGGCAUAAAUUCAUUGAUAACUUGGUUGAAGAGUAUCACCAGACACAGAAAACCGAACUUGGUGUUGACUCGCCACCUGUUGUUAUUGAAGAAAACGAUAUCAUAAUCAGCACAUCAACACAUCCUCCAGAUGGAUUCUCAGACUGGAAUGAAAAUCACUGGAGUAACAACAACUUUUCAUCUGACCUUAUAGAAACCACUCUAGAUCUACCCCAGCGACAAUUUGAAUGGGGAAAGUUAUCUCACAAUGCAUUCAACUACCAUCUACGAAUCCGAAGACGUGGUGUCACUGGUCAGGAACUUCGUCUAACAUUUAGAAUUUUUAUUUGCCCAGCACAGCAUGCUAAUGACAGAAGACGGUGGAUUGAAAUGGAUAAGUUCAGAUAUAUUCUUGGUGCCAUGGAAACUAACAGCAUAAUCACAAGACAAGACGUGCAUUCAUCUGUCAUUAGAAGAUUCCCACAAGACGCUGCAGAUGACCUUGAGGUACCACUUGCAAGAACUGUUAGUGGGUUUUGUGAAUGUGGUUGGCCAUACAACCUACUGUUACCAAGGGGAAAAGCAGAUGGUGAGAAAUAUCUGAUUGCAGUGUUGAUAUCUGACAACUCAAUUGAUUCUCUGAGAAUUCGUUCUUCUUGUGGAAGUCUGAGCUACUGUGGAGCACGUGAUAACAAAUACCCUGAUCGUCGGCAAAUGGGAUAUCCUUUUGCAACACCAAUAUCAGUGAAUGGCCAAGAGAUGUCUGUCACUGAAACCAUUAGCAGCUUGGACAAUUUCACGUCAUCAGCUUUUGUAAUAAAAAACACUGAUCGACGCUUUGGAGAUAAAACCCAUCAUGAACCAACAAGUCAUCUAUCAGAUAUUCAUACUGAUAUUGUAGCAUGGAGGUCUCGUAGCCAACUAAGUCUACGCAUAAGUGAUGAAUUUCGCCUUAGCAGCUGGGACGGACGAUUUCGAUUAUUAAUUGAUGGCAGACAGAUUAUAGAUACCAAUGCAUUUGCAGAAACUGGAUACAUACGGUUAAGAUUACAGGGUCGAGGGCAGGGACGUGGUGUUUAUGUCAUCACAGGUGUUACCAUGGCAACAAGACAAGGCCAGACUCUGAAUACUUCUGGGGAAGUAUAUGAAAUCACAUUCAAUGACGGAGAACCCAGUGCAACCAUUCCCGAGACUGGUAUUCUGACAGACCCGAUACAGAUGACACUCAUUCCACAGUCUGAUUACUUUCUGACCUUUACCUUGCAGGCACCCGGAGUGUAUCUCGUUGGUAAUGGCGACACAUGUAUGUGGAGAAUUGCCAACCCUAGAGGGCGUGCACUAGAUGAAAUGAACUGGGACGUCGAUGAGGUCAAUGAUCAGAUUACACAUACUAGGCGAAACCUUUAUGUAGUUGCAAGAAUUCUCAUAAACAAUUAGAAAACAAAACAAGCUGACGUGAAAAUAUGCAAAUGCUUAGGGAGACAACGUUUGUUUAAAUAGAAAUGCGUAAUCGCUAAAUGAAGAUGUGUAUGUUUUAAAAGCAGUCACACUUACACGGUUCGUAUUUUUUCCACUUAAAUUGUAUACGACAAAUACAAACAAAAUUAUAGUCAAAUCUGACAAUAUUUUGAUUGCUUGACUCCUACAUAUCUUAAUAAUUUAAAAAAAAAAACAAUAACAGAAGAUCGAGCAUAAUUUAUAAAUUAAUUAGCACAUGGAACUAUAAUAGUUCCAUGAUUAGCAUAACAUAUCAAAUUGUGUAACAUGUAUCAGAAUCGACCCCUCCACUAUUUUCCACAAUCUAAUUGCCAUGUUUGUAACAUUUUUAAAGAAAUUACCAAUCUCAGACAGUUUAUCAAGUCUGUACUUUGUCUGUAGUUUAAAUAGAGAACAUUUUUUCUCAUCACAACACUUAAACUUGACACUUGAUUAUGUUCGCAUGUAAUAAAUCAUGACUUUUUC